AUGUCACACGACAGGUCUUCCGUGCCCAGGGACUUGAUGAACCACCAGGUGCUUUCACCUGUCACAAGAUCUCCAUUAGAGUUCAGGAGUAAUUCAUUUGAUGGGAGAAAACAUGUUCAUCUUGAGAAGAAUCAAGAUGCAAUGGAUUUUGGAUCAUCUCUCCUGAGAUCUUCAAGUGGAGGUUUUGGUGCUCUUGAUGGGGAUACUGGAGCCAUUGAUAUUUUCUCUGCUUCUAAACAGCUCUGA